AUGUUAGCAGACUUGUUAAAGGAAACCAAGGCGACAAAAGUGAGGGAAGAAAUGUUCCGCAAAUCAUUAGAGAAAGGUUUACAAGAAACUAGAGAAAGCUUAGAAAAGUCAUUUAAGGAAACUCUAGCACAAGAGAUCAAAACAUCGCAAAUGAAGAUAGAAUAUAAUCUGAAGAAGGAAAUGCAGGAGUUACAAGAACGACUGAAGAUGGACAUCAACGAGAGAGAGAGUAAGCUACAGAAGAGCAUAGACCAAGUCCAGGGAGACGUGGAGAAGAUGAAAGGAAAGUUAACAAAAAAGAUAGAAGACGAUAUUGAAGAAACUAAAGCCGAAUUGGGAGAAAGGAUCACCGAAGUGGAAACAAAUUGCAAUCAUCGAAUCACCAAGGUGACGCAGAUGCAGAAACAAUGCAAUGAUGUGGUUAAGGGGAUAGGAGAUAGGCAAAACCAACUGGCUGUCAAUCUGAGAAAUGCUAUUAUAGCCGUGCAACGAGAAGAGGAUAACAAGAGGGUUGCAAUGGAGGUCAGGCAAUUACAACAGGGAGUGCAACAAUUGGAGAACAAGACAGAAGAAAUUGAUAGACGAAUUAGCAAUGCCACUUUAACCGUUGGCGAAGAGGAAGAGGUGGUGGCCAUAGGUACAGGGACCAUGGUGGUGAACGGCAAUGGAGAAAUGAUUGGAGAAGGAGUGAAGAACCAAGAGAUCGUGAGAGAGGAAGGGAUAGGCGAAUGA